GCCCGGCGCGGAGGCUCUGCAGCCCCUGGGCAGCGGGCGCGGGGACCGGUGCUGACUCAAGCCGGGAAAGUUUCCUAUAUUUUUGGAAAGCCUGGUUUUGCCAAAGCUGCAAUUUCUGGUAGAAAUCUGAAGGUCUGACUCAAGAAGAAAGAAUCCAGUAUAGCCAGUGAAUUAAGGACAAGAAGGUUUCCAAUCAGUUCCUGCUAUGUGGAUAUUUGUUAGCAAUGACUGAUGUGGAAACUACAUAUGCAGAUUUUAUUGCUUCAGGAAGAACAGGUAGAAGAAAUGCAAUACAUGAUAUCCUGGUUUCCUCUGCAAGUGGCAACAGCAAUGAAUUAGCCUUGAAAUUAGCAGGUCUUGAUAUCAACAAGACAGAAGGUGAGGAAGAUGCACAGCGAAAUUCGACAGAACAAAGUGGGGAAACUAAGGGGGAAGCAGCAAAAUCUGAAAGCUAACAUCCCACUUUGACCUUCAUCAACACCUGAAAUGUCUCAAAUCUCCAGGCCUAGCUGGAAUGUAUUUGUUUCCAAGAGUGAAAAGAGGAAAAAGAAAAUGGCUGUGCUGCAUUGCAGGAACCUGCUCAUUAUCAUGUUAAAAAUGGGGGCAGAGGCUGUGGCUGCAGACAGACUUUUCUCUACCUCUGUCAUUAGCAAUGGUUGAAAUCAUGUGGUUUGUGUUUGGACGGCAUUUUUGUAUGGAUCCUUUCACUUGACCAUAUGAUGAAAUGCUUAUAGAGAGUAGUACCGACCUAGAUGAUGAUUCUUCCUGUAGCAUCUGGCCCCUCACAAUGUCAGAGGAUUUAAUUGUGUCUAAUUGCAAAGGGUUGGUUGAACCCCAGAGUUUAAAUAUCUCUGGUUCAAGUAUUCACCCAGUAAAAGAACCAUCCAGAAAGCACUGUUUUUAGCAUUAUCUAUCCAUGUGUUCCUACUGUGUUAUUUACACUGUUUUGUAUUGUACAUUAUAGAUGCUCAGCACUGCCCCGUUCUUUGAUUGCUUAUGAAAAACAAAAAUGAUGUACGUAACUGUGAAUUUUUAUACCACUCAUUUUUAAAAGGGCUGUGUUUUUUUUCUUCUCUGUAGUGUGAUGGUGUACACAGGAUAGAAUGCACCUUUUUAAAAACUUAACUUUUCCCCUUGAUUACUGUAACUUGACGAACUGAUGAAGUCCUAUAGAUUCAUCAAGACUCCUAUGCUUUAUUAUACAAGCAUUUGAAAAUACCCAUUAAUGUGAAUAUUACUCGAAUUCCUAGGUCACACAGGUCUCUGCACAGAUCAGAAUUCAAUUUGCAAACUUUGUUUUAUUCCCACAUGGAGAACUUUUCACAAUUAAUACUUUUAUUUUUUAAUAUGAGAACUUUGGAGAAUUGGGAAGCUGGGAAAGGGGAGUCAAAAUAAUAUUUAAAUCCAGGAAUAUUUUGUUAUUAUAGAAUCAAAUUUGUCAAAAUACUGUAUGCUACUGUUUAAACUUGGAGGUCAGUUUAUCUCCAUGAAGCUAUAAAAGAUGGAGAAAAUGAUCUCCUUACAAUCAUGUGGACACCAAUCACAAAAGUAAAGCCCUUGUGUUGUGUUUUUCAUGUCUUUUUCAGUCCUAUCAAAUCCAGAAGUAUGCACUUUUUAAUGUUUGUAAACUUUUACUAAUAAUUAGUGUGAAUUGUACUCUGAUAUAAUAAUUAUCAUUAGAGCUAACAAAAUCCUCAUUGUUGAUGGCCUCUGCGGUGUUUUGACAUCAUGGUUCUUAUAUAGAAAGAUUUUGUGAGAUAUGUAAUCCUUCUGGUCAGUAUUAUGAAACAACUUACCAGUGGUAAUAAAUAAGGAACCA